UCAACCGUUUGCAUUGGACAUGGACAGAGUUACAUUUCGAGUCAACGGGUGCACUUACUCAGUUGGUUGCGAUGUCAGUUCCACCACAACCCUGCUGGACUACCUCCGCAAGACCCUGAACCUGCGCGGCACCAAGUAUAUGUGCUUGGAAGGCGGCUGCGGAGCAUGCAUCGUCAGCGCAGCCAAAUGCCGUGGAGACAAGCAUCGGGGCGUCAAUUCUUGCUUGGUGUCAAUAGCGUCGUGUCAAGACUGGGAAAUUGAAACCAUCGAGAAUAUAGGCAAUCGUUUGGAUGGAUAUCACCUUCUGCAGACCACCCUCGCCGAGACGAAUGGGUCCCAGUGUGGGUAUUGCUCUCCUGGCAUAGUCAUGAACAUGUACAGUUUGAUGAAAUCGCGAAAACUAACGAUGCUCGAAACAGAACAGGCUUUAUCCGGUAACUUGUGCAGAUGUACAGGGUACAGGCCAAUCUUAGACGCCUUCAAGAAAUUCGCUUCUGAUGCUCCGAAUUCUUUAAUUUUACCAGAUAUCGAGGAUUUAAAUAUAUGUUCGAAGUCUGGAGAAGUCUGUGCUGAAAGCAGUUGUGAUGAAUUUGACUGGUGUUUGGUGAGACGUAAUGAAGUUGUAAGUGAGACAUUGCACAUCAGAUUGAGCGAUGGCAGAGAUUGGUAUCGAGUUUACGCCUUAGGGGAAGUGUUCUUGAUCUGGCAACAACGGGGGACACAGUCGUAUAUGCUUAUUGCGGGAAACACAGGGAAAGGUGUAUAUACUUUAUUGGAAUAUCCAAAUUUGCUUAUAGAUAUCAGCUCUGUAUCGGAAUUAAGAGGCUACUAUAUGGACCAAAAUUUAGUGUUGGGUGCUGGUGCAACUCUUGCCGAGGUCAUAAAUAUUUUUGAUACUUUGGCUGAUUCUAAUAAUUUUAGUUAUCUCAAAACGCUCAGUGAUCAUUUGCGAUUGGUCGCAAAUGUUCCUGUAAGAAAUCUUGGUACAAUAGCAGGAAAUUUGAUGUUGAAGCAUCGAUACCGGACUUUUAAUUCUGAUAUUUUCGUACUUCUUGAGACCGUCGGUGCUCAACUAAGAAUCAUGACAUCUGCUACAAGCUUUAAAUUCAUAAAUAUGCAAGAUUUUUUAAAUGAAGAUAUGACGAGAAAAAUUAUUGUUAAUGUUCUUUUACCACCGUUAAGUUUCGAAUAUAGACUAGUCACUUACAAGAUUAUGCCUCGAGCUCAAAAUGUUCAUGCUUUAGUACACGCUGGAUUUCUUUAUAAAAUUGACGCAAAUACAAAAGUAUCUAGCUGUAGAAUAGUCUACGGAGGUCUGUCGCCUACGUUCAGUCGUGCGAAGAGUACUGAAGUUUACUUAAUUGGGAAGAGCCUGUUCAGAAAUGAAACCUUGCAAGGUGCUCUAUCUGUAUUGAGAAAGGAGUUGGUAGUAACACAACUACUGCCGGAACCACCUCUAGAGUAUAAACGUGGGACUGCUUUAGGACUGUUUUAUAAGAGUCUCCUUUCAUUAUGUCCAUCAGACAUAGUUAGUCGUCAGUAUAUAUCUGGUGCUAUUAAGCUGAAUGAGACACGACCAGUUUCUGAGGGACGUCAGAUUUUUGAGACUAAUCCUUCGCUAUGGCCACUCAAUGAGCCUAUGCCUAAACUUGAAGCAUUGAUGCAGUGUUCGGGUGGAGCUAUAUAUACAGAAGAUAUACCAACGCUUCCAAAAGAAGUAUUUGCAGCGUUUGUUUUAUCCACAGUAGCUCUAGGGACUAUAGUUGGAAUUGAUCCUAGUAAAGCGUUGCAAGAACCCGGAGUUAUCGCAUUUUAUUCAGCUGCAGAUAUACCGGGUGAAAAUACCUUUACACCACCUCCUAAUAAAUUUAAUAUAGCAAAUGAGGAACUGCUGUGCAAUGGAGAAGUGAAAUAUUAUAAUCAACCUCUUGGUAUUAUUGUAGCUGAAUCACAGAGUAUAGCACGAAGAGCUGCAACUUUAGUUCGCGUUACCUACACUAAUACGAAAAAGCCUAUUAUAGAUAUUAAUAUAUCUAAAAACGAUCCAUCUAAAGUUGCAUUGUUUAAUGCGGUUGAAGCGACUAAAACUGGAAAUGAUGUAACAAAUGUAAUUAAAGGGGAACAUUUAAUAUAUGGACAAUAUCACUUCUGUAUGGAAACGUUGGUGUGUGUUUCAUAUCCAAUUGAAGAAGGUUUGAUAGUAUAUUCAGCUUCACAGUGGAUUGACGGAGCACAGCAAGGUCUACACCGAGCACUAAAUAUAGAUCAAAAUAGGAUUGAUGUCCAUGUUCGUCGAAUUGGUGGCGGCUAUGGUUAUAAAACAUCCCGCUCUAUACAAAUAUCUACAGCAUGUGGCUUAGUUUCCUACAAACUCAAUCGUCCAUGUCGUUUUAUACAAUCCCUAUCCAACAACAUGAGAGCGGUGGGAAAGAGAAUGCCAUGUGCUACAAAAUUUGAGAUCGGAGUAAACAAAAAAGGAGUAAUUCAAUACGCAAAUACUGAAUUAUAUAGCGAUAAUGGCUACAUAGUUAACGAACCUUUACUUUUCUUGGGUUUGAUCUUAUACAACAAUAGUUACAACAGUGAAACUUGGAAUUACAAAGCAUAUAACGCUGUGACUGAUACACCAUCUAACACUUGGUGUCGUUCUCCUGGUACUUUGGAAAACAUUACAAUGGCAGAACAGAUACUUGAAAGAAUCUGUUAUGAAUUAGACUUAGAUCCAUUUGAUGUGCGUUUAGCUAACUUAGAUAGAGUCAAUCACAGUGACUUGCAAGAAAUGGCUGAUAAAAUAAAAAUAGACUCUCAAUACGUUGACAGAAAAGCUGCUGUUGAAAAAUUCAAUUUAGAAAAUAGAUGGAAGAAACGUGGUUUACGAGCAUGUUUUUUGAGAUGGACUCCUAUUGGGUUUACAUCUUUGGAUGUCAAUUUGAAUGUUUAUAAUGAUGAUGGUACAGUAGCGAUAGCACACGCUGGUGUUGAAAUGGGUCAGGGUAUAAAUACAAGGGCCGCUCAAGUUUGUGCUUAUCUUCUAAAAAUACCUUUGGAUAAAAUUAAAAUAAAACCGAACAAUACUACUAUUGGGCCGAACAGCAUGCCUACUGGUGGCAGUUUGACAUCAAACAAUGUUACCGUUGGAGUUAGAAGAUGUUGUGAAGAACUGCUAAGAAGAUUAGAGCCGGUCAGGCUUCAAAUGGAUAACCCUACUUGGGAACAAUUAAUAAAAAGGGCUUACGAUUUGGAGAUUGAUUUGCAAGUCCAUGAUCUGGUUAGUUCCAAAGAUAUUCAAAAUUAUCAUGUUUAUGGAAUCACUGUAGCUGAAGUCGAAAUGGAUGGUCUCACUGGGGAGUGGCAGUUGAUAAGAGUUGAUUUAGUGGAAGACACUGGUCGUAGUGUUAAUCCUGAAAUUGAUGUGGGCCAAGUUGAAGGUGCUUUCAUCAUGGGGGCUGGAUAUUGGACUUCUGAAAAUUUAGUAUAUGAUCCUGACACAGGAGAGUUGCUUACAAAUCGAACUUGGAAUUAUUGGGUGCCGCAAGCCAGAGAUAUUCCUCAGGACUUUCGGAUUUACUUCAGGAAAAGAUCUUUUAGUAACGAUAUCAUUAUUGGAGCGAAAGGAACCGGCGAACCAGCAACGUGCAUGGGUAUCGUCGUGUCGUUCGCACUGAGAGCGGCCAUUGCUGCAAUGAGGCUCGAGUCGUGUAUCCCUACGACUCAGUGGUUCCAAAUGGAUGGCCCCUUUACUGUGGACAAGAUUGGAAUGGCUUGCGCUGUGAAAACAGAAGAUUUUAAAUUUUAUUAGUUUUUUAUUUUUUGCAACGAAUAUUUUGUAAAAUUUCCGCUUUUCAAGAAUUUACUUAACUAUUGUUUAUGAUUUCAUUAUAUUUUGUAGAAAGUUCUAGUAUUUCGGCGGAGGUCAAUUUAGGGAAUUUGUAUUUUUUUUAAUGUACUUACCUAAGGGUUGUUACUGGCCCCUUAAGAUCGGGCUUAUCUAGUUUAAGGGCCAGCAUGCUAUUGUAAUUCUAAAGCGAUAUAUAAAAGUUUAAAAAUAAUGCAAUCAGCUUAUUUUCCCUGCUGGCGAAUAUUAUUUAGUAAAAUAUACAAGGUUCUAUAGUUAAUGCAGAGUUUUAGAGGCUGUGGUCGUGAAUCUUACAUGCCUUUCGUAAUUACAUGUAUUACGAAAUAUACUUACGUAAUAAGUAAUUUAGUACGAAAUAACUUGUACUUAUUAUUGUUUUAAUAAGUACAAUAAUAAGUACAAGUUAUUAUUGUACUUAUUAAAAAAUUAUAUUUAAACACAUACAUACAUUUAACAUUUACAAUAAACAAUAAAUCGUCUAAAACUAUUAUUUAAAUUUUAGUUUUAUUCUUUUAAAUCUCUAAACUUAAGGUUACAGUAAAAUUGUGUAUCUUUAUGAAUACAAUAUUUAUUUUCACCGAACAAUUUCCUUCGUGCCUUUUCCAUCUACGUGGCACUGACGAGAUAAACUAAUUUUGGUUUUGCCAACCAAAAUGUUGUCAUCGAUGAAUACAUCAACGGAACAUUAAUUUUUCUUUUGUAAAAUGAUGACUAAAAUCGUUGAAAAAAAGUAUUAGAC